GGGCCUGUUCUUCCCCCCAGCACGGGGCUUUGUGUGUGUGUGUGUGUGUGUGCGCGCGCGCAUGUGUGUGUGGGCUGCAGCUGAGUGUUAUGCGGCUCUCUUCCUCUUCCUCUUCCUCUCUUGCACACGUCAUCGAUGACGUGGCCCCCACUUGUGCCCAUGCGAGAUGAAAACAUGGCAGUGUCAGUGAGCCAGGCUGAUGUCCACAUGCACCAGAAGGAAGAUGGAGACGAGGUGGAGCAGCGUGCUUCCAGAUCAGACAGAAGAAGAAUGUGUGUUGUUAAUCCACUCAGCAGAGGUAUUUUUGGUCUACACUUUAGUGGCAGCGGUGAGGAUUCUCUUGAUGGCCUUUUGAGGCGCGCAUGCCCUUUGACCCCAUCAAUGUCUCCACGAAAGAGGACCACAAGUCAGAGUAAAACAGAGCCACCUCUCCUAAGGACCAACAAAAGGACAAUCUACACAGCGGGACGUCCACCCUGGUACAACGUCACAGGGACCACCUUUAAAGAGGCUUUUGUUAUAGGUCUGUGUGGUGGCAGCGCCUCCGGGAAAACCACAGUGGCCAAUAAGAUCAUUGAGGCUCUGGAUGUUCCGUGGGUCGUCCUGCUGUCGAUGGACUCUUUCUACAAGGUAUUGAGCAAAGAGGAGCAGGAGCUCGCAGCCAGGAAUGAGUACAACUUUGAUCAUCCAGAUGCUUUUGACUUUGAGUUGCUUAUAACAGUCCUGAGGAAACUGAAGAAGGGCAAAAGCAUCAAAGUGCCUGUCUAUGACUUCACCACACACUCCCGUCGCAAAGAAUGGAAAACUGUCUAUGGGGCCAAUGUUGUAAUAUUUGAGGGAAUCUUGGCGUUUGCAAAUAAGGAACUUCUGAAGCUGUUGGACAUGAAAGUGUUUGUGGACACUGACUCAGACAUUCGGCUUGUCAGGCGACUGAAAAGGGAUAUUUCAGACCGAGGUCGUGACAUUACAGGUGUUAUCAAGCAGUACAACAAGUUUGUGAAACCUGCGUUUGAGCAAUACAUCGAGCCCACGGUCCAGGUCGCAGAUAUUGUGGUUCCAAGAGGUGGAGAAAACUUUGUAGCUCUGGAGUUGAUUGUGCAGCAUGUCCAUAGUCAGCUUGAAAAGAGGAAACUCCGCUGGGAUAUAUCUGCCUUGGCUUCAGCACAUCAGGGUCAGCCUUUACCCAAGACCCUCAGCGUGAUGGAGAGCACACCACAGGUGCGAGGAAUGCACACCAUCAUCAGGAACAGGGAGACUAACCGAGAUGAGUUUAUUUUCUACUCGAAGAGAUUGAUGAGGCUCCUCAUUGAGCACGCCCUCUCCUUCUUACCACUGAAGCCAGUGUCUGUUGAAACGCCCCAAGGGACAAUAUACGAGGGGAAAAGACUCAGUGGGAAAAGGAUCACUGGAGUGUCCAUUCUGCGUGCAGGGGAGACAAUGGAGCAGGCCUUGAUGGCAGUGUGUAAAGACAUUCGACUGGGAAAAAUUCUUAUCCAGACCAACCAUGACACUGGGGAGCCGGAGCUCCACUACCUGCGCUUGCCGAAGGACAUCAGUGAGGACUACGUGAUUCUGAUGGACAGCACCGUGUCCACAGGGGCAGCUGCUCUCAUGGCUAUUCGAGUUUUACUUGACCAUGAUGUCGAGGAGGAUAAGAUCUUCCUGCUGUCCCUGCUGAUGGCUGAGAUGGGCGUUCACUCCGUAGCCUACGCCUUUCCCAAGGUGCGCAUCAUCACCACCGCCGUGGACAAGAAGGUCAACGAUGAGUUUCACAUCAUCCCAGGCAUUGGAAACUUCGGGGACCGUUAUUUUGGAACAGAUGCUCCUUCAGACUGGUACGAAAGUGAAGAAGGGAUGGACUACUGAGUCUUAGUUUAAAAAAAAAAAAAAAAAAAAAAAAAGGGAGUUUGUGUGAAAGAAAGAGGAAAAAUCAGAAAAAAAAACUUUGGCGAAAGCUGCUGCUGAUUUACUGCCAUGUGCCAGAACGCACUCAGUGCCACUCAGAGGUCAGUGUGUGUUUUGACCGCAGAAUUAAUAAAAAUUGCUUUUUUUUUUUUUUUUUUAAACUGCAGCUUUGCUUGUGUUUAACAGAAGGUGAAGUUAGUGUCAGGUCUCUUCCCCUAAGAAUCAUUGUGCUGAUGGUUAAUUCUUAAUUCCUUGAAGGACGUUUGAUUUGCGAGGAUCUUCAGUGAACAGUUUUGUAAAAUGAAUUCACUGAAUGAUUCAGAGUUCACUGUUAUCUUUAACAAUCCAUUUCACAUGCUUGAAUUUUGAGAGGUAAAUCAUUGUAGAUGAAUAAAUAAUCUUUUGCAGGGUAUGAAUUUCAAUUGCGUGUUAGGGAAAAUUGGCCUUGAAUGGCCUUUAAUGAAUUGUUGUUUUUUUUUUUUUUUCUUUUGUGUGUGAGAGUGUAUGUGAAACAACACCGUGGCUUGAAUUUUAAAAGGAAAUGUAUUCUAAAAGACAGGUUUUUAAUUUUUAAUGUAAUUUUUGAAUGUAUUUUUCUUUGCUGCCAUUUUCAAGUUGAAAUUCCUGAAUAAUUAUUUAAAAGUCGAUGUAAUGUAUUUAAUAUUUUAUAGCUGUCACUCUAAGGGGCAGCACUGUGAAAAUUAUUGUUGAUAAAAUGAUGGAGGGAGUCCAGAGUACACAGAAACCAAUAGUUACUACAGUAUUGAGAUUAUCUAGGCAUCUACAGCCAUGGGGAAAGAUCCAGGCUUCUUGGUUCAUCCUGUGAUUUUACUCUGUUCGUUCGUAUCCACGGUGGAUAUAAAAAGUUUACACACCCCUGUUAAAAUUGCGGGUUUUUGCGAUGUACAAAAUGAAACCCAAGAUAAAUCAUGUCAGAUCUUUUUUUCCACCUUUAAUGUGAUAUCACAGGAAACAACAUUCAAGUCAAAAACAAACAAAAAACUUACAAUAACCUGGUUGCAUAAGUUUGCACACCUCUUAACUAAUACUUUGUUAAAGCACUUUGCUUGUAAUGUAGCACUCGACUUGUUUUCGACUUGAAUAUUCUUGCUUGCUGUGUCACAUUAAAAAUGGAAAAAAUAUAUAUUUAAAUAUUUAUAUAUUAUAUUUUUUUCUCACCACAAAAACCAGUGGAUUUUAACAGGGGUGUGUAGACUUUUUAUAUCCACUGUAUAUUUAACUGUAUUUUUAGACGUUGCUAUCAAAAGCGACGCAAAUGGAGAAGUUCCCAUUGUUUACGUUAGCCACAAAUGAGUGCUUAAUUUAAUUUAGAUCCACAAACGAACCACAGCCACACAAAGCAUCACAAAAAUAGCAAAACAAUAAAGCAAAGGCUUUAUGCAAAGUGAUUGUUUCCACAUUUCAUGUGUCCAGUGUAAGAAAUGAUGCUAAAUGAUGAACAAAAUGCGUAAGCAAAGCAGAUAAUCCAGAUUUCAUGUUGAAUUCCCUGUACUUCCUUUGAUGCUUAAAAUGAACAUUGGCCAGAUCCAUACGUGUGGAAGUAUGAGGAUUGUCAGGAAAUCAGUGUGGGAUUAUUUUCGAUUUUUCCAUAAUCGUUAUUAAUAGAUACAUGAUCUAAUCAUUUAAGAUCAGUUCAAUGUGAUUUCUGUAAGUGUUCACACAUUUGUUCCUUGGGUCAUGAUGUUUCUGUCCUUGCUCAUGCUUUUCUCUCAUCUUAGCCUUGGACAUUAUCUACAUGGUCUCGAGUGUGUCCUUUGCACGUACACAUCCGUAUAAAAGUUGACUGUGUCCAACUUCUGUUUAGACUAUAAUGCCCAGGCUGUCUUUACACAUGCGUACAGUAAACUCUCUUUUAUUAUA